UUUUAAAAUAUGUUUUAUCAAGCAGCUCUACGUGUUAAUAUGCUAAAGUUUUAGUUGCAUCGCACAACGUAUUAUUGGUAGCUCGAAUGAAUAGUCUGUAUAAUUAAUGUACGUAAGUCUCUUCACGGGAAGGAUAUCGAAUCUUCCUGAUACAUUGCUCUUGCGAACUCGUGUUCGUAACUGAUUUUGUUCGUGAAAUUUGAUGCAUUUCUUUUUUGUUGGUAACCGGAACUUAACGAGACGUUUCGUGAUAUUUUGACAAGCAUAUAUUUCUCUUCAAGUGUGAAAAACUAGCGUAUGUAUGAAUAAAUAUAAUGAUGCACAAUCCGAAAUUGAAAAGUAAGGUAAAAUUGUUGUCCAUCAAUUGUUUCAUUCAUAUAAUACAUUUAUGAGUUAUAAUGUACAUAGUUUGACUCAGGCGUGAACAUAAUACUUUAGGUAUAUCUGACUAACUAAUAAUGCAUUGUAUCGCUAAUUGACUUUAACAAUGAUUAGUUUCCAGGUAUAUUUCCAUAAAGAUGAGGACUGCCUUAGUGUUUUUUAGAAUUCGGUUCAGUUAGUAUACGACUAUCUCUCUGCUGUUUUGCCGCUUUAUAUGUAUAUUAGAGUUGAAAAUGUUUAUUUGUUGUUUUAAAAAGCAGAACCUAAUAUCUGAUUGUAAAAUGUUUCAGGGAAAAAAUGAAGAAAAUCCUAAAUUUGUAAGGAAAAUGCUUUGCAAAUAAAAGAUUUUUGUAGGAAUUUGAAAAAUCUGACAAGGUUUAGAUUCCGAUAUAGUUUUUUCAAACUGUAAUUUUAAACGAGAUUUUUUUUCAUGUAGAUUGUGAACGUAACAGUACGCAGCUACGUUUUUUUUUAUUUUUCUUUUUAAUAACUUCCAGCGGACACGCAGAAGCCUGGGUAGGCCUCAGGCCUGCGUUACGAGAUGGCUUGGCCUCGCGGUCGUCCAAGAAAGCGCACGCCAAAUUUUCGCUAUUUAUCGAACUACGAUAGACACGAACUCAAUGAUCGAGAUUCUGCUAGACAUACGGACCAGGAGGAAGAUGAAAACAUUACACCGCAAAUAUCGGUGUGUACCUCGACAACGGCAGGAGCAGGUGAAUCUACUGAAAACAUCACGCCUUCUAUAACUGAAACAAAUGAUUCAGCGUCUGUAAAUACCAGCAAUAGUCAUAGUAAAAACGAUAAUGAUUACGAUGAUGAAAGGAUCGUGGAGACUCCUAAAAGAAAACGAGGUCGUCCUAAAAAAAGCGACACGCUUCGUAAGUUAAAGACAGAGGAUCGGAUCGCAGGGAACAUUACUCGGCCCUGUAGUAAAAGAUCAUGUUUAAAUGACCCCGACAUCAUUCACGUUUCUAUUGAAUGUCCAGGGUCAACACAGGGCACUAAAGGAAACAGAGAUGAGAAUGCAAGAAUAAAAUUUAUUGUUGAGGAUAACCACGCUAGUGGCAGUCAGAUAACGGCAAGUGAAAGCGAUACAGGAGAUGGUAAAGGAGAUAUUGAGAUGAAUGCAAAAAUCGAUAAGAAACUGCGACCGACUCAUGAUAUGAAUGAAGAACUGAAUGACGGAACUCCCAAGUCACAAAACGAAUGCGAAGAGAACGGGAUAUCAUUUACCCAGGAGGCUGAGGGUGAGGAUGAGCUGACGUCUGAACAAUUUAGGCAAUGUUACGCGUCGGAUCGUUGUAGGGAAAGAGGUCGAGGCAGUCGAGGUCGGGGAGGAGGCUUUGCCUCCCGAGGAGCGUUUGGGCAGGGUUCUAUCCGUAGAAUCGGUCGGGGAAGAGGAAAAAAUGUUGGCCGUGGACGCGGUAGAGGUCGCGGACGCGGCCGAGGUCGCGGACGAGGCCGUGGCGUAGGAGAACGUCAUUUGAGUGUUGAACGUAGUUCCCUAGACGAAGAUGAGAAAGUGGCGGGAGAGGCAGGAGGGACUGAGAGUUCGCUCGCGAAAGAAGAAGUAGUGGUUCGGCGGAAACCAUUGUAUUCGACUGAACAUCUCAACGCGUUGGAGGGAACUGAAAUGCGGUGCUCUAUUUGCCCAGAUUACUUGACCACUAAAGCAGAGGAGGCAAGGGACCAUUUGCUAAAAGUGCAUUACAACUGCGCUAGAAUGAAUAGCCUCGAAGGGUUUACCCCAAAAGAGCUUCGAUCAGCGCUGCGUUCAGCGGGUCUUAGUAUGGGACCAGGUGCAAGAUUUAGGUGCGACUGCGGGAUUGAAUAUGUGAGCAGUGUAACCUUUUCUGUUCACCUGAUGAAGUGUUUCGUACAUAAGAUCAGUGUAAAAGUUGGUGACGAGGGUGAAACGGAUGCGGAUGGGGCUUCUGCAAACAACAACGGUGAUCUUGAAGAGGAUGUCGCUGACGCAUCUACCGUUGUAAAUGGCAAACGUCGCCGAAAGUCGGCACUGAAAGCUGCCACAACGUUUAGUCGAUUGGCAGAAGAGGAACUGGCUGACGAGGAUGGCAAUUUGCGACAUCGAUUGAAGCAUCGAUCGUUGAAUGGAAAGACAAAAGAUGGUCAAUCAGAGGAGGACACCCGCGAUCAUGAGGGCGAUGAUCAAGACUACCGAUGUAGUAGCUCAGCAUCGGACGAACCUGAAGAAGAUGGUGGAGCUAGCAGUGAUAGUUCUGAUUUUGACGAGACCAGCAGCUUGGCAGAUUCCCAAAAGAGGUCAGGCACAACGAAGGAAGCAAAAGGAGGAGCGAAAUGUUUGGACAUUUUGCUGAACAAGUUUAAAGGCAAGUAUCGUGAACCAAUACCGGUUCCUAUAUCCGACGAGAUCCGGUCGGGGUGGCGUCACAGCUUAGCGCUUCAUGGCAGAAUCACGUGUAAAGACUGUCGUGUGCAGUAUACCACGUUAGGUGGCAUGGAAUACCACUACCAGAGAUGCAAUAAAUUGGAAUAUGGUUAUAAAUGUCUCAAAUGUUCGAUAUAUUUUCCUCGUAGUGGUAACCGUGCUCUUCUAUCGCAUAUGAAAAUAUGCCUUGAUGCACACACUGUCGGAUUGGAAUCAUACCCCUGUGCAGAAUAUAUAAGAGUGACUUCGGCCACCCGAAAGCACAGUCAAAGUCCUCAAGACUUUAAAGAAUUCUCGAAGCAUCACUACGAAGCUCCUCAUGUUACAAAAGUAGUCCAUCCAGCGUGGAAAUAUGAACGCGCAAUGUGGCCACACAUUGAGCCACAAGAGGCGGAUCAGUACCUUACUGCGAUGACGACCUCACCGCUAAUAACUAUCAAGAAACACGGAAGUUGUAGCGAAAAUGCUGCUCAGAAGCUACUAGAACUUCAUGAAUCGUACAGCGACCCGGAAAGUGAGCAUGAUACAAUUUAUGUAGGUGGCGCCGUUUGGGCAGUAAAAUGGGUACCACUACCCAAACUGACCCACGUCAAAUCUAGAAAGAGCAAUACGAACACACCAAGUUUAAAUGAAGCCAGUGCCAAUAGAACGGAAGCAAACGAAGUGCAACCGGGUAACGACGAUGAGGAUUGCGAAACCGACUCUGAUGAUGUUCCAGAUUGUCUAUGCUCUGAGCGGAUAGGUCGCUCUGAGGAGUUCCUGCUCACUGUUAGCCACUCAAAAGGAAGUCAAGUGGAACUGAUGCAGCUAAAUAAAGCUGGACUCAUGAUCAUGGAAAAUCAACUGUCGAAAGGCUCUUUGUCAUUAUGGGCAGUUUCAGUGCACAAUGGCGUAGUCCAGAAAUCGCGCAACAGCGAACCUGAAAAUGUAAAAGAAAUUAAUCAGGACGGGCAGCAAAAACCAAACCGAUAUUCAAGAGUUCGCCGUUGUUACACAAUUUGUCACGGCUGGGGCUUCGUUGCACGGGCGGAGUUCUGUCCAUCGAGAGCAUACAAUGAGAACCGGCUUGGGUUACUUGCGGUUACUUCUCAGGCCGGCUUUGUUCGUAUUUUAGCACUACCACAUCCUACCGCGGCCAACGACGGCGCUUUCUACCGAGACCCAAUUCCUGUGGCAAUUCUUGAACCGGCAGAAAUGUCAGGUUCUUUGUGUGUCGCCUGGGAUCCGCUUCGCGAUCACGGUCAUAUACUGGUGGGAUAUGCAAACGGUAACGUUGAUCUGUUCACCUUGCGACAGCGUACGCUUCUAGUCACGGAAGACGAAGCAUUUGAACCGUCUAAACGCCUCGGUAGCCACGGCCUGUCUGUUAGUUCGGUGCAAUGGCAUUUUCUCGCUGACCGAAGGGUGGCUGUCAGUGCUGGCUUCGAUAACAACAUUAGCAUUUGGGACAUUGAUUCGGGAGCAUUGCUUGGAAGAUAUUCACGUUUGGUGUGUCGCGAUAUGCGUACGUUCCAGUUCUUACCAUCAAUCAUCGCAUCAUACGAAGAAUCAGUAACGCCAUCUCCUUGCGUCGCCGUCUACGAAAGUGGUGCCUACAAACGAUCAGAGAGCACGAUUUUGGCGUACACUGCUGGGACUUGUCUCGGUUUGGACGUAAAUCAUUGGAGGCAUAUGGUUGCUAUGACCGACACCGCUGGGCUGGUUACCUUGGCUUGGGUAACGAACACAGGAAAGCUACGCAAUUUUCGAAACCGUGGAUUGCAAGUAGUCUUAUUUCAAGCACGUCAAACCUUUCCUGAAGGCGUUGACACAGUCAGCGAAGAAGUGGCCCACGGUGUGGGGACAGUAGAGUUUCGCGACUUCUCGCCAUCAUGGAAAUUUCCAGUUCCGCCAAACUCCGUCGAAGUGUCACCUCCAGCUCGUCUGGAGUACCCCUUAAACUCCGUGCUUUCUGUCGCCUUCAAUCCCAAUUAUCCGACGAGCGAUCACCUUGUAGUAUCCGGAUUACGAUGUGGGAUUGUUCGAGUAUCAAGGGUUGAUUAUAGCACAAGUUCGAAAGUGAACAAUAGUCUAUCAGUACCUAUUAACGACCCAACCAUCCAGUGUCGAAUCGGCUGGAAAGGAAAUCUCACUGGCAAAAAAGGGAAAAAGCAGAAGGCGACGGCUGAAGUUGCAGCAUUAGUAGCGCCAUCUACCUCGGCAGCAUCAACAGCGAGAUAAUGCGCUCAAAAGCAUAUGUAGCAACGUCUACAACAGAUUCGAAUGUGUCUGAGUCCAGAUUGUUAUCGCCGUUUUACCGUUCUGUGCUUUAAUCUCUUAUUGUCAGUGAUUCUUUCCGCUGAGGCGAGUGAAGACGCUCCGCCAAUCCUGUAAUGUGUAUUUUCUUUGAAUCAUAUUGAACGUGUUAGUGAGGUUAAACGAUGUGGAUAACACGUGGUUUUCAGACGAUCAUUGCUGCGUUGCUGCGUUAAUUUGGUACCUAUCCUGCAAAGGAUAAGUUGACAGCGGUUCCAUAAUAUAUAAUGACCCACUUUAUUUAAAAGUUUAGUAAGUUAGAGUAUAGAGUAGUAGCUGGACUGGAAUCGCCUGUUGACAAUAGUAGGCGUUCAAUGGUUACACACGCAUAUUGUAAGCGAUAUCGCAAGUCGUUGAUAGGAGUACCGCACUUCAUCGAUACUGAACGUUUGCAGUGGCGAUUUUCGGUUGUCGCCAUAGUAAUGCCGUGUUUUUUACAAUUAUUUUAUAUUCGUUUGCUUUCACUGCUUACGUAUUUAUGAGUGACGACUUGAAUUCAUGGUCACUGCAAUUGCAAACAGGUUUCAUGCGUUCAAAUCACUAGAAUGUGAUCACUCGACGUAAGUGCCAGGGCACAACGAUCUCACUUGACCAAUAGGGUAAUUGGUUAGCCUUUUCUGGAACAAAGAAUACAGCCGCUGCAAACUCUAAUUUUAUCUGCCCUGAUGCGAUAGAUUUACCCACAUGAUGGCCUGAUUAAUGAACCGGCUCCAUCUUAAAGAGAAUUAUUACGGGAUUGCAUUGAUAUAAAUAAUAAGAAUUUCAAUGGAUGUCUUCAAAGAUAAGUCUCCUUUUUUCACCUCAUUAUAGGAGGCAUUCGACAUCUAGUUUCUUAUAAUCAUUUUUUACUGGGCGAUUUAGUACUUUAUCGCGACAAGCAUCACACUAUAGGCUCCAAGCUUCGUGCGCUCUAUCCCAUUAUUUAAAGUAAGUAACGUUAUUUUUUAAAAUUCAACUCAAGACCCCUCUGGCAUUUUAUUGCCUCUAUCAUCCUCCAAUUUCUCAUGUUCCUAUAGCGCCCAUUUCUGUGACGAGGCCAGACAAAUAAACGUUUGAAAGAUGUUACAUAGUGGGUUGAAAUAAAACACCUCUAGUAUUUGACCACUAGGCACAAAGAAUACAUAUAUUUUUGUGCCUAGUGGCCUUCACAACUGGAUGAUGUCUUACUAUGAGCUUACUUGUUCCCAAACAUAUACUUUCCGCUAAGGUGACUGAUGCAGAAUGACUGAUAUCUCUUAUGCUAUAAAGGAAUGAGCCGUGUCAACUAUCAUAAGCGGAUCGGCUAUGUGUAACCCUUUUUUUCCGUAUAGACGUAAUACUUAAUUGCACCGCACUCUCCUACUAGUCACCAUACAUAAUGUAAAAACAGAUAGAAGCCAUUUAAGGGGUGAGCAAACGGUGCCAGCACUGGCAAGCGUAUACCGAAUAUGUAUAUAGAUUUGUGUAUAGGUAAUAAAGGAUCUUUGGUGUUAUUCCAAUGGGUAUCAUUUUAGCCUUUGUAUAUAUAUGUUAGGAGUACGCUAUACAUAUAAGGAAUUGGAUGUACGGAAUUUACUAGACACUUCAUACCUAAAUACAUGAAGCCGAAAUUACAUAAAUGAGGGUGGUGUGUCCUUUCCUAUUUAUUUGCAAUUCCAGUACACGAGAUGGUUAUAAUUCACGAACACAAGCGUCCAUCAGCGCCUUCAUGAGUAUACAUGGCUUCUAGCUUAUCCUAUUUGCAAAUAUUGUUUUUUUUUUCUAAAAAUGUUUUUUCUAAAAAAACAAAAUGCCGAAAUUGUGUAUUUGAUGUGCUGUGGAAUCGAUAAUCACUAACAGUUGUUUUGAAAUUAUGCUAAAAAACAGCAAUGAAAUAUUUUGAGAAAGGGGUACUAUGAGUUGCGUGUUAUGUAGUACGACACAUUAGCCACGGUCAUGUUGAAGCAUGUUAUAUCGAAUUCCGUUUAGCACGAUACCGGAAAACACAGAGAGGGAAACCCAGAAGUAAUAAUAAUAAUUACUAAAUUGCCGGAAAUUUAAAAAAUAUAUGGAACUAUAGACAUGUAUGGAGUAUCGACCAGCUAGGCUGUCGUUAAUUAUUUGUAUAGUGUCGAAGAAAGAACUUAUUUAUUAUAUCUCUCGUGAAUAUUUUUUAACGAAAAGUCUUGUUUCUAAUCAAUUAUUCUUUGUAUUUUUAUUUUCGACUUAAGUGACAUUAUUUUCACCUUUAUAAAGCGCUAACUAUACGCAGACAAUCUUAUCUUAAGCGGGCCUUCUAAUACGCAUGAGGACCGUCGGGACCGUAGGUAAUGUGCUUCGAUGGCAAAACGAUGUAAUUAAUUCUGUUUCCAAAUAUAUUUGGAAAAUUUUCUUGUGCCCACAGGUUAGGCAUCGCGAUAUCAAAACGUUAUUCACAUGGUCCAACCAAUGCAAUACCUGGGUUUUACUAUAACAUCAAUUUCGGGCUUCAGCAUACAAAUUAUAUGAACAAUAUAAAGGAUCGUUACACUAAAGUAAUCACUUCUCCCAUUGUCUAACUAUUAAAUAUUCUAGAUUUUAUAGCAGUUUUCUUAAAAGUCCAGUUUUAUCGAGAAAAACUGCUUUGAAUUUCGGCGGCUUCCUUUAAACAUAUCAAAAAGCUUGAGAAAUAUCAAUUCCAAUUUAAUCAGCUCGUAGUACGAAGGUGCAAUAUAAGCCAAGAAUUCAUAUGCCUUAAACCUAGCUUCUGUAAUAGUCCAGAUAUGCUUGUUUAUUAAACAAUCGUUGCUCCCAAAAGAAGACCUAGUAUAAUAUCGGCUGGAAGGACUAAAAACCGCAAGAAUAAGUAUGUUUACGCAGAUAAUGUGUAAAGCACAGAGAAAGCAGAGAUAUUUGAUCAAAAUUUUGCACGCAGCUGAUGUUCUGUUUGAGAUAAAGUGAAAAUGUAAAAUAAUAUCACUCGGCUUGUAGUUCCUCACAACUUUUAGGUUUGGACUCACUCCACACUAUAAUAGAAGCGGUUUAGUGGGCGUAAUCGGCCUCAUAGCCAGACGACUUCCGUCAGCUGCGUUUGGUUCUCUCGUUAACGUGCAGGUAGUCUUUUAUGAGAGAAAUCUAUAUAAAGACAUAUUAUGCAGAUCUCCGGACCUCAACUCGCCGCUUUUUAUACCGGCAUUGUCACCAUAUUGGUCACCAACAGGACGAGAUAUAUCAAAUUUAAAAGUUUAUGUUCAAAGUCCAAUACUAAUAUUAAAUCUUACUUCAAACUGCUGGCUCCCAGCUCGAGACGAGGUGAUUGUGUUUUGAACUUAGACCUUUACAUGUUUCGGAAUUAAGUAGACAAAUUCGUUAUUACAGCACCAUUACGGGAAAGCGGGUCGAUUUGAAAUGCGACAAGUGUAUGGGCAUUCAGAAAACAUGUAUCGUUUCUCAUAGUAUGAUUAAAUUUGAGAGCUAAUUAAAAGCUUUGAGUCAACAAUUGGGUGUUUGGUAGUAAUAUUAAUUCUUUGCAGUGUAACCAUGGGUGUGUGGACAUGAGGCUACGCUAGACAAUUGUUUUAUUUGUUACAAAAAUUUGCAUACAUAGUAGUCACCUUGACUUAAGAUUAACAAAACAUGAUUGAUUAAAUAAUUCACUGACAUUAGUAAAGAUUCUAGUACGCGUUUACGACACGAGGAUUUGAUUUUUUUUCUCUCAUGUUUCUUCUCUUUUUCAUGGAGUAGUUUUAGUCAUCUGAGCGGUCAAGUGCUUAGCGAAACCGAUCUUUGUAAACCUUUAUAAAUAGCUUAUAAAUAAAAUAAGAACGGCUUUUGUUGAAUAACGACGAAUAGCAUGGCAUAAACCUAUUUGCCUUGAUGAUUUACUCUUCUCGUAAUUGUAACUAUGAACAAACUGGAUGUUGGGCAAACGUCGCCACGUCUGUCUUCUUUUAAAGGCUGCACCAAUAAAAAUAGUAAACUUUUUAAUUAAAAAGGUGUUCAUAACAUAUAGCAAGAAUAUGGAAAUUUUGCCUUUAACUUGACCUACAUUGACGACUGCUUUUUGGCUACUACUGCACAUAAUAUUUUACUAUCACUGAACAACAAAUAAAAAAACUGGUUGAAUCGUGUGAGAUAGGAUAUUUAUUUAUCCAACCACAUAUCUCAAUUUUAAGAUUAGAUAUACAUAUAACUUUUAAAAAUAUUCAAAGCCUUCCCAUAUUACAAAGUCAGGAUUAUUUCAAUGAGAGAUUAAUCCGCUUUCUUGAUAAAAGCAUAAAAGGUUGGAGUUACCCCUAUUUUUGUAAAUUGAAUCACUAGCCACAAACUGCCAUGAUUUGCAACGUCAACAUACAUAUUUAUAAAUCUGCCUCCGUUUUGAUAUAAAGUAUCCUUCAUUAUAAGCACCAGUAAUAGAUAAUGUAGCAUGCGAAACAUAUCAACGUUCACCGUGAGAGCAUGAGUCCAUAUUUAACUAGCAUUAGAUCAUAGUUCCUCUCAUCGUAUCCUCUUAGACGACUAAAAUACAAAGCGGUCAAGUGAUUACAAAAAAUGCUUUUUCGCGGUUGUGUGCCCAACAGCAAAUGUUUUUAUACAAUUUAAAGCAAUGGCGAGACUAUUCUAUUCUAGCUGUCCCUUAUAUAACCAAAUUCAUUUCUCAAGCCCAGAGAAGCGCAGUGCUCGUCUGGUGAUUACGGCAUGAACAUAUUUGCC